AUGGAAGGUAAAGAUACACCUCAACAUAGACAAAUGCGUAGUAUUGCUUUUAUAGCAAUAGUCGUUUCAACUGCUGCUGUUUUUGCUUCUGUUGUUACAUUACCAAUGCUCUACAAUUAUGUUCAAUCAUUACAAACUCAUCUUUUAAGUGAAACUGACUUUUGCAAGGUAAAAUCAAAAGAUAUGUUGCUAGAAGUUACUGCAUUACAAAUUGGAAAAAGACAAAAUCAUAGAAUAAAAAGAGGUUGGCUUUUUGGUCAAUAUAUUGCUGAUAAAGAUAAUCAAAACAAUGGAGGAAGACGUGUUUCAAUGAAUGGUGGUGGAAAUAUGGGAGGAGGUUAUGGUGUUGCUGUUAAUGCUGAACCAGAACAAGUAUGUUGUACAUGUCAUCAAGGUCCACCAGGACCACCAGGACCACCUGGAGUAGAAGGUCAACAUGGAAAUGAUGGAAAUCAUGGUAAAGAUGGUCAACCAGGAAAGAAUGCUGAAUUAAUACCAGCUCAACCAUAUGAACCAUGUAUAAUUUGUCCAGUUGGUGUUGUUGGACCACAAGGACCAAUGGGACCAAAAGGACCACCAGGACCAAAAGGAUCACAAGGAGAAAAUGCUAAACCAGGUUUGAAUGGUGAAAAAGGACCACAAGGAGCUGAAGGAACUCCAGGAAGACCAGGUAGACCAGGACCAAAAGGCGCUCCAGGUGCUGCAGGAAGACUUAUAUAUGUUCAAGGACCACAAGGACCACAAGGUAUCAAGGGAGUACAAGGAAUACCUGGAGUUAAAGGACCAAAAGGAGCACCAGGAAAUAGUUAUCCAGGACCACCAGGACAACAAGGAGAUCAAGGUGCACCAGGAAGAGAUGGAAGAGCUGGACAAGGAGGACAAAAAGGACCAAUUGGUGAACAAGGUGAAGUUGGAUCAUGUGAUCACUGCCCUGCUCCACGUUUACCACCAGGUUAUUAA